AGGAAAACCUCAAAGAACCGGUUAUUUGACGUAAAAGCUGGUCCGGUUAAGUUAAUUUGAUAGCGUUGGAGAGAGCGAAGACAGAUUCAGCUGCAAUUCCGCGAAAUCAAACCUAACAUUGCAUCUUCAUCGUCCUCUUCAGCUCACACCUCUAAAACCCCCAACUCUCUCGAUUCAUCGAUCAAACAAUCAUUUCACUUCUGAUCGUUCAAAGAGCUCUCCGAUCUCACUCAACAUGGCUUCAAACGGCGCAUCUCCGAGAACUGUUGAUGCUACGGACAACAGCUUGGAAAGGAUCAAGCGACAGCUAGCAACUGGCUCCGGUCGGAACUUGCUACAGGGACCGCUUUACAAACGGUCCGAAACUCUGAGAAAAUGGAACGAACGAUGGGUGAUACUUGAUCCAACCACAGGGAAAAUGGAGUACAAGACAAGACGGAACGAACCAGCUAUCAAGGGAACGAUUCUGUUUGACGAAAAUAGCACAAUCACUGUCUCUCCUGUCAACUUCCAGUAUUAUGCAUUGCUACAUUCUCUUUCUUUCUUUCUUCUGACUAAUCAGCAUUAUUUAAGUUCGUAUUGUGAAAUCUAUUUUCUUUUGUGUUUCAGGGGUCUUCCGAAAUAUAAUGGCUGCUGUAUCUAUAUUAGUACCCCACAGAAGAAAGAUUACUUCUUGUGUGCAGAGACUCCUGGUGCAGCUAAAGCUUGGGUUACUACCUUACAUGCGACACAGCUAGUUCUAAAGGCACAUAAGGAGGCUGUUGAUUCUCUUAGCGGAAGCGGUUCUUCAACACUUGGUACGGUUGCAACCGUUGUUGCCGCUGCUAAUUCAACAGCGCUGGAAUGUUCCAAAGAGAUCCAAGCAGCAAUGCAGGUCUCUCUGAGGAACGCACUGAAAAUCACCGCUAAUAAACCGAUCGAUGGACCACUAGAUGAUUUGACUAUAAUGAAGGAAACUCUGCGUGUGAAAGAUGAAGAACUACAGAAUUUAGCGCGAGAACUUCGUUCUCGUGACUCAAUGAUAAAAGAGAUAGCAGAUAAACUGUCCGAGACGGCUGAAGCAGCUGUAGCGGCAGCAUCUGCAGCUCACACAAUGGAUGAACAAAGGAAAAUUGUUUGUGUGGAGCUUGAGCGCUUAUCUAAAGACUCAGAGAGGCAGCAAGAAGCGGCUAUAUCGAAGCUUAAGGAACUGGAAGAGAAGACAUCUACUCUGAGCAGGGAAAAAGAUCAACUGGUCAAGGAAAGAGACUCUGCUCUCAAAGAGGCACAUCUGUGGCGGUCUGAGCUGGGGAAAGCCAGAGAGCGUGUCGUCAUACUUGAAGGAGCUGUUGUGAGAGCCGAAGAGAAAGCGAGGGUUGCAGAAGCAAGUGGUGAAGCAAAAGCAAAGGAGGCUUCUCAGAGAGAGGCAGCUGCUUGGGCGGAGAAGCAAGAGCUUUUAGCAUAUGUGAAUAUGUUACAAACCCAGCUUCAAAGCUGUGUUUAAAAUGGCGCUCGCCUUUUGCGCCAUGGCGCGAGGCGCACUCAGGCGACGGCUCCAUCGCCAUGUACCUCCUAGGCGAGGGUGGGUUCCGUAAGGCGCUCGCCAAGUGCGCAUUGGUCAUAAGGCGGUGCCUUAAAAGGCAACGCAAAGGCGAGCCAUGGAGACGAUGACGUUAACCGAUACUAAACCACGUAGAAACCCUAACUUAAUAAAUGGACCAACCUUAAACCAAACUUAAAACCAAACGUCUAAAAACUUAUCAAAACCCUAGCUUGCUCUUGUAGAAAAGCAAAGUUAAAAACUUAACAAAACAUGGAUCUCACGGACUGUGUUUUGCAUAAGGUUAGUACGUACUCUCUUCUCUAAUCUCAUGGGGCUUUCUUCUGAUAAAAACUAUUUAAUAAAGGCAAAAUCACGUGAAUGAAAUUUGUAUAUUACGCACGGAUACAUAACUAACGUAGUCUUCAAGUGGGUCUUCAAGGCGAGCGCUUUCUUGCGCCAUGGCGCAAGGCGCAAGGCACACACCUUAUCGCCUUGGAUCGCCAUGCGCCAUUUAAAACACAGAUAAACAGGCAGCAGCUAGAGACGGAGCAAGUGUUUGAGGAGAAGACGGAAUCUACGAACGGCGAAACAUCUCUUCCGAUGACGAAGGAAACAGAAAAGGAUGUGGACAAAGCAUGUUUGAGCGUUUCCAAAACAGCGUCUAUGCCGGGAGAGAAUGCAGUCCAUAUGAGUGAAGAUCAGGUGGUAAACGCUCAGGCUCCGGUUGGAGAAAACGAAUGGAAUGAUAUUCAGGCGACAGAGGCUGGAGUUUCUGAUGUAAGAGAAAUAUCUGCAGAGACUGAACGAGACAGCUUGGAUAUCACUGUAGUAACUCCUGAAUCCGAUGUUCCACGCAAUGAUCUACCUCCUGAGUCUUUUCAUCAUCAGCCUUGAUGGAUAAAUGGUAGGGACGACCUUGGUACAUUUUUAUAUACUCUGAUGUGCUGGUAAUGUUUGGAGAUUUGAUUGUUCCAACAAACCAAAAAGAGUUGCUAUUUGGUUUUGCUUGUGCCGUAACAUUUUGUCUAUCUCUCAGCAACCUCUUGAGUUUCUGUCUGACUUGGUAAUGACUUGGGAAGAACAAAGAGAUGUGUUUUAAAUUUUUAAUUGUUGAAUGAUGUUAUGUUUGUGUUCA